AUGAAACUGCACUUUGCCAAUGAGAAGUCUAUCUGCCACGUUGAAAUUAACUUUCGUAAGCGUAGCAUAGCGGCCGAGGACGCCUAGGAUAGCACAAACCGAGGUAGCGAGGCACCGGGAUGAGAUCUCGUCUAAAGCCGAUCUGAAUAUAGUCGUUGACGAAUCACAAUACUCAUCCACAAGAAAGGAAAAUGGGAACGUUUUGUGGACAUCAAGGUCAGCAACUGAAGGGGAGGACCGAGGGAGCUGACGAUGUAGGGAGGGAGAGACGGGAAAGUUACGGCGAGUUGCGGGGAAGGGGUCAGCGGAGGAGAAGGGGAAGAGCACCGACGCGCAGUUACACCACCACCAUCCUAGGUCCGUGCGGGAAGUGUCAAUUCACACAAACAACCCGAGGAAGUUUUCAGAGAGUUAUAAUAGUAACCCGGCAUUAUUUUUCGACGCAAGCAUCUAUGAUGUCCUUGGAAUAUGAGAAAGCACACUUGAGGUCACUGACUUACCUUAAGGGCUGACCAAUUUGUGAUUUCAGUGAAAAUAUCAUUACUGUAAAUAAUAACGAAAGAAAACAAUUACGUCACUGACAACAUAAUGGUAUUAUGUUUAUUACGACUUGAGUAUUGUGUGAACCGUCUUAACAGAUUCCGCACCGGUAUUGUCUGUUACGCUUAAAUAUGUUGACCUGAACUGUGCAAGUACCCACAGUAAUUCCAUUUAUACCUGUCCAUCUCGAAUAGAACCUUGAAGUACUACCCUUCACCAGUCGUCUAAUUAAAGGGGAGUGUUUAAAAUAUCAUACUGUCUCAGGAAAAAAGAGCUGUAAUAAUUUCCUGCAACAAUUUGAUAAUAAUAACGCCGAACAUACUUUACGGCAUGACUGUGCAGUGGCGUUAAAAAUGUUUUGUCUUAGUGCACUAAAAUAGCUUGAAAACUAAUAAAAAUUCUUUUAGUAACAAUUCAAUGUUAUGCUGCCUCUUCAUGGCUGAUGCGUUGCUUCUUGUUUGACUGGCUCAAACAAUCUGUGAACAUUUAUCUUUUAUGUCCAAGGAUAGACCAAUUUACAUACAGCAUGGGUGACACCCUCUAGUUCAUAACGCCUUCUAUUUUACUGUCAUGCUUAGGGAUUUUCAGUUUAAUUCAUCCCCGCCCUACUUUUGUCAAUCAUCCCUGCCAGCACUUGGCCCCCUCUUGAAAUGGGGCCAAGAAGGGGCUAUGAGGGGGCCAGCCCCCUCGUAGUUUUCUCGUCGGUACUGCACUACUAACAGGCAUUAGUCCGUGAAUAGGCGUGCAUUUUUCGGUUUAAAAUUGUUUUUUGAAUAGUAAAAAGUACUUUAGGACCUCGGAAGUUGUGCUUUUUACAUAUCUUGGCAAUCCUGAUAUGAAGCUCUUAAUUGUUUAAGUGUGUCACUUUGCGGGACUUAUCUCUCACGUGAGCUGCGUUCCUCUCGUUGUGAGUUCUAAUACCGUCUACGUUGGUGUACGUGCAUACGUUACUGUGGUAUGUUACGAACUGUCCUUUUGCUGUCUUUUAUGAUAUUUUGUUACUUUUGACCUGUAAAUUUGUAUUAUCAUUGAAUAUUUGUCUGUUGAUUUAAGCAAUAUCAAUGAGAUAUCCGUUCUAGCAGAGUCAUCUGAAAAGCUGCACUUUGAGCCUUUGUUUAUCAUUUUUGUCAUUGACACUAAGUAGAAAUGAAGCGUAAGUAUUUUGGAAUCAACCGGAGCACUGCCUAUAAGCGAAUCCAGCGCCUAAAGAGGGCCUACUAUGCCGCAACGGAGGCUGCUCAACCGGUUAAUGUUCCAUCGGCGUCUACUUUGCCAAGCGACUUUCCUGAAUUAGAAAUGCCUGAAUUAACGGCUGAGGGUUACACUGGUAGGUUUUUCCAUCGAUGUAGAAUAUUAGUGGGUGUAGAUUUUGCAGGCAGCCAAGUGCAUGUGACGGAAAAUGUGGGAAAAUCUUUUCUGUCCGAUUUACAAGAUCUGUGUCUGAAAACACGAAUGCCGUUCUCUAUGAUGAAGGCUUUAUUCGAUAUGCUGCGGCCCUACCACCCAGAAGUCCCGAAGGACCCGCGAACGCUCCUGAAGACUCCCAGGAGUUGUAACAACUCAGCCAGACCCUUUUUUCUGUCCACGCUGUCUCAUUUUCCAAACCAGUACGAAUGCCGCCCUCAUCUGUCGGCGUCGGCCUAUUCGUCUUCUAACUCAAUUAUAUCACCUUGGACCGGCAUUAGUAAAUCAUGAAGAGUGAACCUACCGGUCAUCAAAAACUGGUACUCCCACUUUCGAUCUCCCAUCCGUGUGGCUCAGUGGCAUUACGCUGUCGCCGCCCACGGUAGAAUCCCAUUUUACCUUGCUGCAGAUAAUGAGGGAGGAAGCGAAAUUUCAUCAUAUCGUGGCUGCACUGCCAACGGAUAUUUUCGCUAACCAUCAGGAUAUUACGGAUAGUCUAUCCAUAGACGAGCCGCAUACUGCAGCAAAGUGAGGCCUCAUUUUCCGCAUCCCCUACCAACCUAAAACGAUGUAGGGUUUGAGUUUGUGAAAAAGUUCUGGGAAUAUGUAGCCUGCAUAACUUCGUGGGCGUCAAAUGUAGUCGAAGGAUGGACAAAAUCUCAGCGUCAAAAUGUCCAAGCUACCCCUCCCCAACGGUUACCCUCUUUUGUACAAGCUAUCCUUGCGCUUAACGUUCCUUCCUCGGCUGUCCAAAUGCUCACAGAAGCUGCCGACUGCAUCCCCGAGUACGACCAGCUAAUUAUUGCAGUCAGCGUUUCUAGUCAUAUCACAGCUGUGCCAGCUACGCCCACCAUCGAGGACGUCGUAAAACGUCUUGGACCCCAUCCUUAAAAUUUCUCACUUUCGUACUUUUCCUGGUGUCAUCGUCCAGUUCUUUCCGCUACUUGCCUUGCAAGGUCUCUCAUUUCAGUUUCAGGCCUACCCGUGGCUGAUAUUUUCUGUUGGCAUUGCCACACUUAUGUGUUCAGUGUCCAUCAUGGUGAGCUUCCGCGUCGUUACAAAAAAUCUUCGGCAGAAAACCCAUCUGCCAGCCAGUAGCGGCGACGGCAAACUUGGUCGGUCCGACCUCUCCAAAUCAUCUGCUCAGCAUUUUCGAUGUGAGUUCGUGUCGUGCUUUCCUUGCGGAUACUAACGAUUAGAUUAACCUAGUUCCAUGCUCUCUGACAGACUGUAAGUCACUCAACUCCCAAUUUUCCCUGCACGCAGCUAAUAGUACUUCCAUAAACACUUCUGCCCAACGUCCCCUAACUUUAGAUUUUGGUUUACGGCGCUUUGUUCGUUAAGUGUAUGCUACUUGUGACUUUUGUACCGCCAUUCUAUGUAUCGAUUUUAUAUCCUUUUCCGUUCUUCUCAGUGAAGUCAAGUCCUAUAAACCAGUAGACAUUAUGAUAUCCUUGUAUUCUAAACGUUCAGCUGGUACCACUUAAUCCGUCUUUCCUAACAUUCCAGCACACCCUUCGUCCACCUCUAUCAUUAUUUGCUCUCGGAAUUCCCAUCCAUUCCUGACGUCCAUAAUCUGACCAGUUUAUUGAAUAUUCCGUCAUGAAUUAUAUUUCAAAUGCCGGAUCACCCGUUUUGGUCAUAUUUGCCAGUUAGCGGCCUAUAAGUAGGCUAUGAUGGAGCUGGGCAUAGUGUGACUCUCCACUAAUCCUUUGACUGCUCAUUUGCACAUAGUUUUUAAAAAAUCCCUCGAAGACUAGCGUCCAUGCGGUGAUUACCGACGAUUAAACAGCUGCACUGUCCCCAUCCGACACGCACUUUCCCACCUCCAGGUCUUCUCUUCCAGUCUAACCUGUACAGCAUUUUUUCAACGUUGAUCUAGUUCAAGUCUUCCAAUCAAUCCUAUUUGCUCCAGACGACACCAUCUAAACGGCGAAUACGGCACCAUCUGGUUACAUGAUUUCGUCAGGACGAAUUUUGGGCCCUACAACCCUACAUAAGCCUUUCGAAGUUUCAUCAACGAAGUCCUCCGGGAAUAACUUCUAGUCUUUCUUUAUAUAUAUGGGUUGUAGUUGUCAACCAUCAUGACCGGUCUGGCGGUAUUGUUCAAUAUUUCGCUGCCUCAAGGUCAUUCACCCCUUGAAGCGAGCCAUUCCAGAUGCGCUGACCUUAAGCCACUCGACGGAACUCAGCUCGGACACAACUGCGUCCCCGCAGAGUCGCAGAUGCCCAUGCGCCACUUAGACGCGCCACCCCUGCAACCACAACCGAAGCCACUGGCACACCACACCUCCGCAAAUGCAACACAUGUCGAUUGGAGACCACUUGAGCUUGGCCCACGAGCCUACAAAAGCGGUUGCCACAAAUGUCUCAUGGAGACUACGGCAUGA